GACUAUCUCUCCCAGAAGGAACGAAUCAUCAGUGUUGUGUGGACUCUGUAAUCUCUCGAGAGAGACUCCUCCACUGGGAGAAGAGCGAGCUGCAAGCCAUGGCGUUCAUGGCGCUGUUCGUCACGGCGACGAAGCUCGCCGGAGCCCUCGUCACGCUCACCGUCGCAGCCCAAGCCUUCUCCUUCUCCCGCUUCCGGAAGAGGAACCUCCUGCCGUUCAAGUCCCCCAUCGACGAGUCCGCGGACACUCUCGCCGUCUUCAACGUCAGUGGCGGCGAGGGGGAGAGUGAAUUUUUCUUUGGACUGGCAACAGCACCAGCUCAUGUUGAGGAUAAGCUAAAUGAUGCUUGGCUGCAGUUUGCUGAAGAGACUCCAUGCGAUCAACCAGAAUCGCAACUGGGUCAGCAACCUGCAGAUGCGGUGAUAGCUUCAGCUGCUGGGGAUGGAGGGUCUCACCAAGCCUCGGCUUCUAGUAGGAAUGCUAAUAGUCCAAAGAAAAAAGGGAAGCCUCUUAAGGUAGCAAUGGAGGCAAUGAUUAGAGGAAUUUGUAAAUAUAUUGAAGAAGACGAAGAAGAGAAAACAGGGGCACACGCCUCUGUGGAGGAAUGCCAUCAUAAUGUUGCUGCAUGGCAUAAUGUUCCGCAUCCGGAGGAGAGGUUAAGGUUUUGGUCUGACCCUGAAACAGAAAUAAAACUGGCUAAAGAUACCGGGGUCAGUGUUUUCCGGAUGGGGAUAGAUUGGACCAGAGUCAUGCUUGAGGAGCCAGUUAAUGGGUUUAAAGACAGUGUUAAUUAUGCAGCACUGGAGCGGUACAAGUGGAUAAUCAAAAUGGUUCACUCCUAUGGAAUGAAGGUGAUGCUCACUCUUUUUCAUCAUUCAUUGCCACCGUGGGCUGGUGACUAUGGCGGGUGGAAGCUGGAGAAAACUGUUGAUUAUUUUGUUUACUUUACAAGGCUUAUUGUUGAAAGUAUGUCAGAUAUCGUGGAUUACUGGGUGACAUUUAAUGAGCCUCAUGUCUUUUGUAUGCUUACUUAUGCUGCCGGUGCUUGGCCUGGAGGUCAUCCAGAUAUGUUGGAGGCUGCCACUUCUGCUUUACCUACUGGUGUCUUCACACAGGCUAUGCAUUGGAUGGCUGUGGCGCAUAUAAAGGCUUAUGAUUGUAUUCAUGCUCAAAGUAGAACAUCAUCAAAACCGGUAGUUGGGGUGGCACACCAUGUCGCAUUCAUGCGGCCUUACGGUUUAUUUGAUGUAGCUGCUGUGUCAUUUGCUAAUGCUUUGACUGUCUUCCCAUUUGUGGAUGUCAUCUGUGAAAAGCUUGAUUUUAUCGGCAUAAACUAUUAUGGACAGGAGGUGGUCUCUGGUACUGGAUUAAAGUUAGUAGAGAAUGAUGAGUAUAGUGAAUCUGGACGUGGGGUAUAUCCUGAUGGCUUGUACCGUGUGCUGUUGCAGUUUCAUGAAAGAUAUAAGCACCUGAACAUCCCCUUCAUCAUUACAGAAAAUGGAGUCUCAGAUGAGACAGAUCUGAUUCGUCGGCCAUAUUUGUUGGAACAUCUGCUUGCUGUUUAUGCUGCCAUGAUCAUGGGAGUUCGUGUUAUUGGUUACCUGUUCUGGACAAUUUCUGAUAACUGGGAGUGGGCUGAUGGGUAUGGUCCAAAAUUUGGACUUGUCACAGUUGAUCGAGCCAAUGGAUUUGCUCGAACUCCACGUCCCUCAUACCAUCUAUUUUCUAAAGUGGCUACAACAGGCAAAAUCAGAAAAGAAGAUCGGGACUCUGCAUGGAAUGAACUCUACAAUGCUGCUAAAGCGGGAAAGAAACGAUCAUUUUAUCGAGCAGUCAAUAAACAUGGAUUGAUGUAUGCAGGAGGCCUUGAUGUACCCAUUCAGCGGUCCUUUAUCUGCCGUGAUUGGCGUUUUGGACACUAUGAGAUGGAAGGUCUGCAGGACCCAUUGAGUUGCAUAUCCAGAAGCAUUAUUCGGCCUUUCUCCCUCGGAAAGAAAAGAAAGUCCCAGAAAGAUGGCGAAUAAUUCUUCAGCCUCUCAACUAUAGCAUCUAAUAUCCCAAUCGCUCAAUCUGAGCUUUCAUUCUUGGCAUGUGGAUGGCAAUGAAUCGUGGGUUUUGGAAGCCUUGCUCUCGGCUGUAGAGACGUCGAGAACCUGUCAAUCUACAUCAUACACAGUCAAUCAACGUUGUUUGUAUAAGCAGCUGUUGCAGAAUCGAUGAAUCCACAUUGUAUUAUAAUCCCCCAUAUGGAGAGGAGAGGUGACUGCGGUUAUCUCAAACUCAAAUCCUCGCAUGUGCUUAUACCCAAAAUCUGUGUUAUAUAGAUACAUACAGAUAUUACUACUUCAAGCUUUUGCUGGCUUUCGUUGGACUUAUUAUUUCCAAAUUGAUUGGGGGCCAUCUUCCUAGCUUA